AUGAAUCUUAUUACUCUAUUCCUGGCUAUAGCUCCGGUUCUAGCUAUGCCCUUAGAGGGUCCCGGAGUGAUUCCUGGGCUCCCUGGUGACAAUAAUAACGGCAAUGAUGGAGGCUCAGCCGGUCCGUUAUGCUUUGGCCCUACUGGAAACGUGAAAAAUUACGAACCUCGAUGUUGCAAGGCCGGCGUGGACCUUGGUUGCAAGGCCGCGUCUGGAUACUACACCAACUCUGAGUAUUUCAAGGCUGCAUGCACCUCUGUCGGCCUCACCGCUAAAUGUUGCAACGUGGCUAGUGUCAAGACAUCUGAUUAA